AUGCCCUCCCUCCCCCAGGACUUACUAGAUGGUAUCUCCGGGGCCCUAGCAGCAGAAGGAGACAUCCUCCAAAUGGUCCUCGUAACCUUCAUCGGCUUAUCAUGCUACAACAUCGCCGAACUAGUCGUCUUAGUGACAGCCACCUUCCGCCGCUGGCGCGGUCUCUAUUUCUGGUCCUUGUUGACAUCAGGCUGUCUCGGCGUGGUACCAUAUUCCAUCGGAUUCAUGAUGAAAUUCUUCACCCGUGCCGACUCCGCGUUAUCUGUCACCAUUCUCACAGUCGGGUGGUGGACGAUGGUAACGGGUCAGUCGGUGGUACUGUAUUCACGACUUCAUCUUGUUCUUCGAGACGAGAAGAUUUUGACCUGGGUAUUACGGAUGAUCGUGCUGAAUUACUUUCUGUUACAAGUACCCACUACCAUAUUGACUUAUGGAGCUAAUAUUAUCCAUACGGAUAGUCGGACUUGGGUGUGGGGGUACAAUGUUAUGGAAAAAGUGCAGUUGACUGGCUUUACGAUCCAGGAGAGUUUGAUAUCGACACUCUACGUUAUUCAUACUAUAAAGUUGCUUCAGCUCGGUGCGGAUGCGACGAGUAGGUCUGAUUCGCGGACGAUCAUGUAUCAUGUCAUUGGGAUCAAUUGUGCUAUCAUGGCGAUGGAUUUGUUAUUGUUGAGUUUGGAAUAUGCAAAUCAAUAUGCGGUCCAGAUCGUGUUGAAAGGCUUUAUAUACUCCAUCAAGUUGAAGUUGGAGUUCGCCGUGCUUGGUCGGUUAGUGGAUAUUAUUCAGGGAUCCAGGCAUCCCAUCUCCGUUGCCAUCGCUGAUAUAUUGCCUCUUUGUUCAUAUCCGGGUCCACCGGAGACGAGCAUUUCUGAACAGCCUGAUCCCGAGCCAGAAGAGUCUGAGCCGAAAGAGAUAGCCCCGGACGGGAAGGUGGCUGAGAAGAGAGAUUUUGCCGAGUCGGGGAUGGAGAGGCCAAAGCAUGAUAUUAUGGAUAUAAUGUGA